AAUGAACCAGGUACCAGCGUCCCAAUUAAACCUCCCGUUCUUAUUCCGCACUCAGAAGCAAAGUUCAUCCAAGUGAAAUGGAAAGGAAAGGACCUCUUCGACCUGGUGUGUAGGACAUUGGGACUCCGCGAAACAUGGUUCUUUGGGCUGCAGUACAUGAUGAAGGACACGAUAGCCUGGCUCAAAACAGACAAGAAGGUGCUGGACCAUGAUGUCCCAAAGGAGGAACCAGUUACUUUUUACUUCCUGGCUAAGUUUUACCCAGAGAACGCAGAAGAAGAGCUGGUCCAGGAAAUCACCCAGCACCUAUUCUUCCUACAGGUGAAGAAACAGAUCUUGGAUGAGAAGAUCUACUGUCCUCCGGAAGCUUCCGUCCUUCUAGCAUCCUACGCUGUGCAAGCCAAGGUAAGGCCUGGUUCAUAAAUGAAGCACAUUCCUGGAUC